AUGUUACCAAUCCCAAGGGUAUUAUUUGCGCCUAGCAAUUUGCGAAGUAUUUACCUUGGCCAACGGAAGCAAUUUUUUCAUGUAGGUCGUCAGUUAUGGAAUAAUAAUAGAGGGAAUUCAUCUGUCUUUGAAGGACUCACCAAGGAUGUUAAUUAUGAGAGUGACGAUCCUUCCAAAAUGUCAAACAGAAUGUCGGUAACUGCAGAUGCUUCUGACGAAAAUUCAAAGGAUGGUGUUGUCGCUCCAGAUCAAAUCACUGUGGACAACGAUGUUACUUUACACAAAUACAUUAGAUCCAAACAAGGCCCAGAGAAAUUGGCUCACCAAACGUUACUUUCUCCACUCAAGAGGAAAUUAUAUAUGAGGAAUUGUGACUUGAAUGAUGGCUUUUACAAAAGAGAUACAGUGAUCUCAUUACCUGGCUCUAAGGAAAAGUACAAAUUAAAACUGAGCCGUGAAGAAAUUGAUGUAUUGGAACCAUCAGUUUAUGUGAAAUCCUAUAGAAUUAAAUCAUCCAUGAAGAAAACUACUCAAUUGCUAAGGUUGUUAAAUGGCUUGGACGUUAAAUCUGCAUUGACCCAAUGUCAUUUCUCAUCAAAGAAAAUUGCUCGUGAUGUAGCAGAAGUAUUGAAUAGAGGUAUAGAGGAUGGUCAGAAGUUAGGUCUUGAUGCGAAUGACAUGUACAUUGCUCAAAUUUGGACCGGUAGUGAUGGUUGGUGGAUACCAAGAAUGGAUUACAAAGGUAGAGGUCGUGUUGGUGUCAUUAGACAUCGUUAUGUGCAUGUUAGAUGUAUUUUAAAGACUAAAAGUGUUACGAAGAGAAGAUUAGAAUAUGAAUCUCAGUUGAAACAACAGAGAAGGAAACCUUGGGUCCAAUUAGCGGAUAAACCAGUUAGAGGAUUCCCGGGAGGCGCCUACAAGUGGUAA